AUGGCUCUCUCUCUCUCACUCUGCACAAACAUUUGGAACACGAAAGCCUGAUCCUAGUCUAGAUUCCCGGGGCAGGUAGUGUGUGUCCAGUCAGCUUCCAAUAGGCAAUAGAUUUCCUUCGAAAAUUGAGCAAACAUCCCAAACUACCUGCCCUUUACAAAGAUCGUCUCUUCCCCGCAUCUCUCUUCAUGACAAACGGAAAUGUUGAAAAGAAUCAGCAGCCUACCCCCUCCCUCCCAUUGAUCUGUUAUUUCCUAAUAAAGCUUUUGAUCACAAUUCUCUCCGUCUCUCUUUCUAUCUCAAUUCCUUAAGCUUUUCAUCAUCAUAAUCACUUUGUUAAUGGCAGUUAACUGCUCAAACUGCCACACCUCGCUACAGAUUCCUUCAGGGGCCCAGUCCAUUCGCUGCCCAAUCUGCCAUGCCAUCAACCCCGUGAUCGACCCAGCCCUCUGCCUCCCCCCGCCAUCAUCAUCAUCCUCUUCCUCCUCCUCCUCUGACCACCAUAACCGUGAUGAUUACGCUCACGCCCCACCCCCCAUGGCUCCAUCCCCUUACAACCACGCGCCUCUCGGUCCCCCUCCCUCCGUCCAUGGCCGCAAGCGGGCCGUCAUCUGCGGCAUUUCCUACAAGAACUCCCGGCGCGAGCUUAAGGGUUGUAUCAACGAUGCCAAGUACAUGAAGUACUUGCUGGUCAAGCGGUUCAACUUUCCCGAAUCAUCCAUUCUCAUGCUCACUGAAGAAGAAGAUGACCCUUGCAGGCAUCCAACCAAAAGCAACAUCAGAAUGGCACUGUGUUGGCUUGUGCAAGGUUGUCAAGCAGGGGACUCCUUGGUUUUUCACUAUUCUGGUCAUGGUUCACAGCAAAGGAACGACACUGGAGAUGAGAUUGAUGGAUAUGAUGAAACACUCUGCCCCGUAGAUUAUCAAACUCAGGGAAUGAUUGUUGAUGAUGAGAUCAAUGCAACAAUUGUCCGACCUCUUCCCCUUGGAGUCAAGCUCCAUGCAAUUGUUGAUGCUUGCCACAGCGGUACUGUAUUAGAUUUACCAUUUCUCUGCAGGAUGGAGAGGAAUGGAAGCUACAUGUGGGAGGACCAACGCCCUAGAUCAGGUAUGUGGAAAGGAACAAGUGGGGGGGAGGUCAUAUGCUUCAGUAGCUGUGAUGAUAGUCAGACCUCAGCAGACAGUUCGGAUCUAUCUAGGAUCACAUCAAGUGGUGCCAUGACUUAUUCUUUCAUCCAAGCCAUUGAGCGUGGACAUGGAACUACAUAUGGAGCUAUGCUAAAUGCAAUGCGAUCUAACAUCGAUAAAAGAGAUAAUCAAGGGGGUGGUGGUAUAGUGUCAUCUGUUCUCACCAUGCUUUUGCCAGGAGGGAAUGGUGGCGGGUUGAAACAGGAACCUCAGCUGUCUGCGAAUGAAACAUUCAAUGUGUAUUCGAAGCCUUUUUCCCUAUAGACAUCAAAACUAUCUUUCCAUCCUAAAGCUCAUAAUCUUUAUUCAAUGUGGUCCUUGAGUAUGUAUGAAAACCGGAAAACCCCAUUUCUGCAAUCUCGUAAUGAUUAUUAAUAUGCAUUGUUUGGAUACAAA